CACCGCUGACCAUCCUCCCCGCCUGGCUGGACCUCUCGCAGAGGACUGCCUCUACUACACCCUGCUCAGACGUCUCUAGUUGCCCUUCUGGGAUGCUGGGCACCCACUGGCUGGCCUCUUGUCCACUCUGGGACUAGCACCCUGGUGUGAGGCCAGUAGCGGACAGACCGAGAAGCCCCACAGCAGGAAAGCAAGGAGACUGCCUGCUCAGGGGAUUCUCUAGAGAAGAUUGUGUGGCAUCUGGCUCCUGAAGAGAGUGAGGAAGACCCCCCCCCCUAAUUUCUCCAGCUGUUUUCAGCCAAACCCCUGCUUUUUUGAGGCCACCUCUCCAGACAAGGCUUGGGCCUCCUCCCCGCUGCUGGGCGCAGAGCCAUGAAGAAUCGCUUUGUGGUCCUUGGCCUCUUGGCUGUGGUUCUGGUCCUUGUCAUCAUUGGUCUCUGCAUCUGGCUACCCACCACCUCCAAGACUCCUGACCACGUGUACUCCAGGGCAGCUGUGGCCACGGAUGCCAAACGCUGCUCGGAGAUCGGAAGGGACAUGCUCCAGGAGGGCGGCUCAGCGGUCGAUGCGGCCAUCGCAAGCCUGCUGUGCAUGGGGCUCAUGAACGCGCACAGCAUGGGCAUUGGGGGCGGCCUGUUCCUCACCAUCUACGACAGCACCACACGAAGAGUUGAGGUUAUCAAUGCUCGUGAAGUGGCUCCUGGGCUGGCCUACGCCAGCAUGUUCAACAGCUCUAAGCAGUCUGAGGAAGGUGGCUUGUCAGUGGCAGUCCCCGGCGAGCUCCGUGGCUAUGAGCUGGCACACCAGCGGCAUGGACGGCUGCCAUGGGCUCGACUUUUCCAACCCAGCAUUGAGCUGGCCCGCCAUGGCUUCCCUGUGGGCAAGGGCUUGGCAGGAGCCCUGGACAGAAAACGGGACAGCAUUGAGCAGACACCUGACCUGUGUGAGGUUUUCUGCCGCAACGGGAAGGUGCUGCGGGAAGGAGAGUGGAUCACAAUGCCAAGGCUGGCUGACACGCUCCAGACGCUGGCCCAGGAGGGUGCCCAGGCCUUCUACAACGGGAGCCUCACGGCCCAGAUUGUGAAGGACAUCCAGGGGGCUGGAGGCAUUAUAACGGCAGAAGACCUGAACAACUACCGCGCUGAGCUGAUCGAGAACCCCAUGAGCAUGAGCUUCGGGGACUCGGUGCUGUACGCGCCCAAUGCCCCGCUCAGUGGGCCUGUGCUGAUUCUCAUCCUGAACAUCCUCAAAGGGUAUAACUUCUCACCGGAGAGCGUGUCAACCCCAGAGAAGAAGGGCCUGACAUACCAUCGCAUCGUGGAGGCCUUUCGGUUUGCCUACGCCAAGAGGACCCUGCUUGGUGACCCCAAGUUUGUUGAUAUGACUCAGGUGGUCCGCAACAUGAGCUCCCAGUUCUUCGCUGACCAGCUUCGAGCCCGUAUCUCUGACGACACGACUCAUCCACCCUCCUACUACGAGCCUGAAUUCUACACUCCCGACGACCGUGGCACGGCCCACCUCUCCUUGGUUUCAGAGGACGGCAGCGCUGUAUCUGCGACCAGCACCAUCAAUCUCUACUUUGGCUCCAAGGUCCUCUCCCGGGUCAGCGGCAUCCUGUUUAACGAUGAGAUGGAUGACUUCAGUUCCCCCAACUUCGUCAACCAGUUUGGGGUGGCCCCCUCACCAGCCAAUUUCAUCAAACCAGGGAAACAGCCACUCUCGUCCAUGUGUCCCUCAAUCAUUGUGGAUCGGGACGGCAAGGUGCGGAUGGUGGUCGGAGCCUCCGGGGGCACGCAGAUCACCACGGCCACUGCGCUGGUACGUGCCGUCCGCUUCCAUCCUCCGUUCCUCCCUGUCCUUGGCCCCUGCGCUCUGCUGAUGCUUUGCUACCUGCCUCCUCCCCAGGCCAUCAUCCAUAGCCUGUGGUUUGGCUACGACGUGAAGCGGGCAGUGGAGGAGCCUCGGAUACACAACCAGCUUCUACCCAACAUCACGACGGUGGAGAAGAACAUUGACCAGGCAGUGGCUUCAGGCUUGAAGACCCGGAACCAUCACACAGAAGUCACUUCCACCUACAUUGCUGUGGUGCAGGCCGUUGUCCAGUCAUCCAGCGGCUGGGCAGCUGCCUCGGAUUCCAGGAAAGGCGGGGAGCCAGCUGGCUACUGAGUGCUCGUGAAGGACAAGGCUGAUCUGGAAUCUAGGGACGUGAUACUUAACCACAGCCAGGCAUGGGACUUUGGAGGACGUGAUGUCCCUGAGUGGGACAGAGAGGCAUAAUAAAUGGGGACCUCUGCCAGACCUCAA